AUGGUUACGGCGUCAUCUUCGCUAGUCGAAGAAAUGGAAACGGAUGUCACACAAGAAACAAAUAAAGCGAAAGAACAUGAAGUUCAAAACGAACAUGAAUCAGUAAGAAGACAAGUCAAUUCUCGAACUAAUGCACAUCAUUCUUCUUUUACUGCAAAGAAAUUUCGUGCCAUGUUCGACUAUUCACUGUCUACUUCACGGUAUCCAUCAUUACCAAGAUGGUCAUCGAGUGACCAGUUACAGAAGAAGAAAAGACUUAUAAAACAUCCAUUUUAUAUUGAUUUUAGUCAUGCUUUCAACAAUCAACCUGUGCUUUAUGACCAAGCGGCUUCUGCGAAUGGCCAACUUUCGAAGCGCAUUAUUCGAUGA